AUGUCUGAAGAAUUCGCCACAAAAGCAGAGGUCACGGCUGUUUUCAACAAGCUGAAGAAGAAUCCAGCGAACAACCAAUGUUUUGACUGUUCUGCGAAAAAUCCGACGUGGACUUCUAUUCCGUUCGGUAUUUUCUUGUGUUUGGAUUGUUCAGCUAUCCAUCGUAAUUUGGGCGUUCAUGUGACGUUUGUGAAGUCUAGUGUCCUGGAUGGCAAAUGGACUUAUAAACAAUUGAGAUCAAUGAAAUGCGGUGGAAACAGCGCGUUCAAAGAGUUUUUGAUUAAAAACGGAGGUUCUUCGUAUCUCACCAAAGACCCCAAAGAGAAAUACGAGUCUCUGAUUGCCACAAACUACAAGGAGAAAUUGGAAAAGAAGGCGUUGCUGGAUUUCAAGAACCACCCUGAUAUUCUGGAUGGAGAAGGCGCUGAUGAAGAGGUGUCGCCUGAGCCUGAAGCUGAUGAUUUUUUCAGCAACUGGCAAAAGCCAAACACCUCGACCCCAUCGCCUUUGAGUUCGAGGCCAAUCACUCCUCUAGGCACAAAGAACGGCAGCAAGACCAGUAUUGGGUCUGUUUCCUCUAUUCCCAAAUCAACUGCUCCAGCGCCAAGAAUACUCACCACCUCUAAGCCCAAGACUGCUGCCAGCGCCAAAAAGGCAAACAUUUUGGGUUCUGGUUCAGCCAGCCGCAGCAGAGCUAGGAUAUCCGCUAAAAAGGUUUCUGCUGCAGAUGUCGAUUUCGAUGAGUUGGAGAAACAGGCAGAGAAAGACGACAGGGAAGCCAAGUCGUUGGGAUACACACCAGACAAGUCUGAAGACGACAGUUUAGCGCAGUUGGACAACUUCAUGCAACCAGCAGCUCAAAGAAAAGCAAGUUUCGGCGCUACUGCUGCUCCUGUGGCCUCAGCAGCUCCCGUGGAAAAGGUCACUCAGCAGUUCACCAGGUUGGGAUUCGGCAUGGUGGGUAGUGGAAGCAGCCAGCCAUCAGAAGCCAAGACCGUCAAGAAGUACACCAAUGAGCCAGCUUACUCGGGUGAACUUAAUGCCAAGUUCGGCAAUCAAAAGGGUAUCUCCUCUGACCAAGUUUUCGGCAUCAACUCCUACGAUGAAAACGCAUCCAGGGAGGCGAAGGCCAAAUUACAGGCGUUUUCUGGAGCCACUGCGAUCUCUUCAUCUGCUUAUUACGGCGAGGACGACGAAGAACAGCUUUCCCAGCACCAGAGCUCCAAUGCCUAUAACAACGAUGAUUUGGAAGCAAAGAUCAUGGAGUUUGCUGAUAAGUACAUCGGCGAGGAUAUAAACGCGCUCAAGGGUGCGUUAGAGACGGGUGCAGAGAAGGUUGGAAGUUAUUUGAGAGACUAUUUGAGGAACUGA